CACCUCGCGGAAUCGAUCGCAGUACGCCGGUAUCCCGAUUUUGUCGACCGAUUAUUGUAAAAGUGUGGUGCUGUAGCAAAUAAUGCACUCGUUAAGGAUCAUAUUUCCUCGAUGUCUGUCCGCUUGUCGAAUACUCCCGCCACUACGGUCUUCGUCGGUGCGGCAACAGCUAAUCCCAACCUCCAGUGGACAGCAAUCGCGAAUCAACAAAAUUAGUAUUCGCAUGCUGUGCUCGAAGCCCCCGCAAACAACAGGACAGGAUUCAUCGGUGGAACCAGCAAAUAGAGUAUACUAUGGCUCGUUAACGCCCCAGAUACGCGCGGUGAAGGUAUUUUCCUUGGCUACCAGUAUCGGCGGUAUCAUUGCACAGCCGGUUCUGCUGGAACAGGCGAAUAAAAUCGGUGGAACGCCGAUGAUAGUGGCCGUCUGUGGUUUUGCCGGGUUCUUCACCUUCGUCACGCCAAUUCUAUUGCACCUGGUCACCAAGCGGUACGUUACGGAGUUGUACUAUGAUCCGGCCGAACAACAGUACACUGCUGUGACGAUAACGUUCUUUCUGCGGCGAGAAAGGAUUAAUUUCAAGCUAGCGGACGUAGUGGUGCCGGAAGUAGGAGGUUUGUUCACAACGUUCCUCGUGAAGAAUAAAGCGCUGUUCGUCGACCCGCAGAUGUUCCCCGAUCCAACGCAUUACAUCAAAAUUAUGGGUUACGAUAAGCCGAUCGACUUUAAGUUUGAGGAAGCACGUCAAUCAGCGGGAAGUGAGGAGGAACAUAAGAGAAAGGAUCGAUAGUUGUCGGAACUAGCAAUAGGCAAUAAAUCUUAAUUUAAGAUAAAAGUGCUUAUUCUUUGUACAAUCUAUCGGUAGCAAAUUAAAAAAAAAGCCUCCUAAUUACA